AUGUUACUUACCUUAAUUGUUGUUUGGAGUAUUGCUGUGGCAUAUAUCGAUGGUGGUAAUAAUGCAUAUUAUGUAUCAGGAUUAUCAAAGCGUAGUUGUUUAAAUGAAUGCUACAAACAUGUUGGCGUCUAUUAUAUAAAGUUUAUUAAUUCAACCACUUAUGAAAUAGUAACAUUUCACCCUGAUGGUACAUUCAGCGGAGUUACUUCUGACAAAAUUGGCAUCAGUCAAUAUUCAACAAAUCCGGACGAUACGCCCUACUCAAAUGAAUAUGGGACUUGGAAAUGUAAUGGGGAAAAUGGUAUUGAGGCUACAUCAUUCGACUUUUCAUUUCCAACAUUGGCUCAACCAUGCUUUCGAGCGGUGGACGAAAAUCCCUAUUCAUUUACAUUUGAUCAUGAUCAAGUGGAAGGUAAAUCGACAUACACUAGUUACAAACUAGAGUCUCUACGUCAAAAUCAAUCACCCGUAGAGAUCAUCAUGAUUGAAGGCAGUUUUCAAGGCUACAAAGUAUUCGAUUUAUGUUAG